AUGGCUACGAAGUCCCUGUCUACUCGCAAUGGCCCACCGGGCAAGCCUCCCUCGGUCGGAGCUCCAAAUCAAACUCUAUACGUACAAAACCUUCCAGACAAGUUGAGGAAACCAGACCUGCGUCUCUCCCUCUAUACCCUUUUCUCCUCCUACGGUACCGUGCUCGACGUGGUUGCGAUGAAGACGGCCAAGAUGCGGGGACAGGCUCACAUCGUGUUCCGAGACGUGCAGUCGAGUACGCAGGCCUUGCGGGCUCUUCAGGGAUUUGAUUUCUUUGGCAAGGAAAUGAAAAUUGUCUAUGCUAAGGGCAGUUCGAACGUAAUCGCGAAGCUUCGAGGCACCUACGUCGGCCCGAUCUCCCAGGCUCCUGCUGGUGUCUCUACUGAUCUUCAAAAGUCCAUCUUCAAUGCGCCUCCUGGAACUGCAGUAUCUGCGAAACCGGCUGAAGGAGCUAAUGGAGAGCACCCACCGCAGGGUGUUAAGCGUCCCCGUGAGGAGGAGGAAGAGGAGAGCGAAGGAGAAGCUCCCAUGGAGGAAGAAAGUGAUGUGUCGAUGGAUGCGUCAUCCGAUGAGGACUAA